GCAGCAGAAUCAUUAUCAUAGCGGCAACAGCAGGUGGUGUCGUAUUUCUUUGCAUCGUGCUUAUUGUAUUAUUGAUAAAAUACAAGCGCGGCCGGAAGCAAGCUCCAAAAUUAUCUCCUGUCAAUAUUCCACUGACAGUCGAAACUCCACAAGAAUCAUUGCCAAUUGAUCAGGUAAAUUAUUUACGAAUGUUUAGUUUAGAACUGAUAGAUCGAGCCGCCCAGUAUAAAUAAAGUCAGUUUAGUUUAGGUUUCCUCCUGUUACAACACUGGAUCAAUAAGAGCUGAUCCUUACUGGACCUCUAGGAAGGAUAGUUUAGAACUGAUAGAGCCUUUCAGUAUAAAUAAAGUUGGUUUAGUUUAGUUUUCCUCCUGUAGUAUCAUUAGACAAAUAAGUGCUGGGCUUCUAUGGAACUCUCGGAGAACAGUUAAAAACUAAUAGAGCCACCGAACAGUCGAACACUAUUCCUAGCCUUUAGGCCUUAGUUUUUAAGCUUCGAUGAAUUGAGCAAACGCCACACAUGUAAUCGACAUUAAAAAGUCAUCAUUUUCAUCAAAACAGGAACCAGGUUACGAAAUUGUCGCAACAGUUGAUCAAAAGUUUAACGUCGCCAGAAAAGCAAACGAGUCUGAAAACAUAUCAGCUGAAGGUAAUAUGUUCCAAAUUCCACUUAACAUUCCUAUGCUUAUGUAAUACUUUGGUCAUUCUGAGAAGAAAUGUAAUACAUUUACACAAUGACAUAACGUAUCUAUAUAAGUUCAACAUAUCAAGCGUCCAACAACGGGGAGGAGGGUGGGUAAAUCUCUUCCAUCCAAUUUCUUGAUGUGAACUGCAGCCCAUGUGGAAUAGGAAAGGAAAGAUGGCACGCUUCACCACUGAUAAAUACCGAAAUUUCCAAUCACGUGACUAUACUUAAAUUAACUUGCGCGCGCAAAUUACUUAUUUCGCAUAAUUAAUUUCAACUAUAAAUUAUUCCGGGAAGCAAUAAAUGUAAUAUAUCUUGAUUUAACUGAAAUAUUGUAUUCAGCAUGAGCUCCUACUAUAUGAGUAAAUUGUUAAAGACGUCCGAAUUUAUCAAUAUGAUAAAUUCACGGCACAUUUUGAAAUUAUCAAUAGUAUAAAUCAUAAAACCACAAGCAUUAGAGAAGAGGUUUUGUUAUAAAUGUAAUGGCACUAAAAGGGAGGGGGUUAGGGUUUGGGUUAGGUGCUGCGAAUUUAUCAUAUCGACAAAUUCGGACGUGUUUAACAAUCUACUCAUAUAGUAAAUUCAAAGGUGGAGCUCAUGCUGAACUAUUCAACUUAGAACAGAUAAAGCUGUCCAGUAUCCAAACUUCUUCCUGUAACUUACUUUUGUGCCAGUUCUCGACUUUCUUUUGUGCCACUUAUUGCAUGACAGUUGUUGAGAGUUUGAGAAGCGAGAUUUUGCCCCCGGUCAAACGAGAACCAGAUUUGCAUGAGAAUUGACGAGGGUUGUGAGUAGCGAAAACUCUCAUCAAAAUUUCAACCAGUUCAACGAACUCUCGCUCGCUUUGACCGCCAGCUCUCAUCCACUCCCAUCAACUAGUCUCAUCGACUUUGGUUCAAAUUUUUUAUCAGAAUUUUUGCUCGUUUGACCGUUAAUAUCCAGUCAAGUCUCAUCAACUCUCAUGCAACUCUUGUUCUCGUUUGACCGGGACAUGAGAGUUGAGAAAACUCUUCUCAGGCUCAUGCAAAAUUUUGCUUGUCAACUCUCAUGCAUGGUGAUAGUGGUAAAUUGAAAGAAUAUAAGAAACUUAAAGUAAAUGUGGGUAUUGAAAAAUACCUUUUAGAAAUUAAAUAUUUUAAGUACCGUCGAGCAGUUACAAGAUUACGAGUUUCAGCGCACAGAUUACCAGUAGAAAUUGGCCGAUAUAAAAAAAUUGCCUACUGUGACAGAAAAUGUAAACUUUGUGAUCAGGGUGAAGUUGGAAAUGAACAACAUUACCUAAUGUCAUGUGGUAACACAGUGUUUACAUUUUUGCGACAGAAUUUUAUUAAUUCUGUUUAUAAAAUUAACCAAUCAUUUAAAUAUUUUGAUACACAAAGUUUGUUCCAUUAUAUACUAAGUAUGAAAGAUAGAAAUAUUUUGAAAUUAUCUUCAAAAUAUUGCUACGAUAUACUAAGAACUUUUGACAUAUUGAAUGAGUUAGCCUGAAUAAAUUAUUUGUAAGUUUAUAAUAUACUGUAAUGUCUUUUUUAUAUUUUAUUUUUUGUAACUAAUGUAUAUGCAGGUAUUCAAUGUACCAAUAUUGGUAUUUGUUUGAAUAAAGUUUCUUCUUCUUCUGCAAACUCUCGCUUCUCAACUCUCAUGCAAACUUUUGCUCUCCUUUGAUCGCGGCUUUGUCCUAUCUUCUUUUGUUUUUAAAGGCAUAACAUCAGAUUACGAAGAGGUUGGAGGGCCAUCAAGUGCAGGCAAGACUUCUGGGUAUGAAACACCAGGCCAAAACAAAAUGUAUGAAGAGCCCAAAAAAUCGCCAGAAAAUCCAGGUUAUACUGAGCUUGAUAAGAAUAGACUCCAAGGCAGAAAUAAAACGGAUGAUGGUACUUACCAGAAACUUGUAAAGCGAGACUCGGAUUAUGUUAUACCAGCUCACGAGAGAGGAGAGUCGUACGGAGACAUCGAAAUGGAAAGAAACCUGCCAGACUACGAGGAACUGGAUCUAAGCAAACGCGAAGCUGAUGAUUACCAAAAGUUGGUGAAAACCUGAACUUGUUGAAGGUCGCGCGCAUGGUGUGCACCACUGCGUCUUAAAGGAAAGU